AUGCCCCGAAUAUUGCUACCUUCUUCUGCCUUUGAGCCACGGCCGUCCCCAAUUGUGGUGCUGAGUGCCAUGAUCCCGUGGAUGAUGGCGACUUUGGAGCGAGUGAGUCAGAGUCAGCCCAGGCGUCGUCUGGAUAGUGUCUCAAAGCAAUCCCGCCGCUUGGUGGAGAUACUAUCACUAAAUAAUGCAAUCUGGACGCUGUGCUCGGUGAUGCUGGCGUAUGCCUCCGGGUGGGAGCUGCGGAAUGAUGGGAUUCCGCUGGGGGAAGGUUUGCCCAAUGUUCAGCGAAUCUAUAUCAAGGCAUAUGUCGUGUAUGUUGACAUGGUCUGGCGCAAGGAGGUGGCAUUCAAGUUAACGCCAGAGACAAUCGAUGCCCUGGCGGAACUCCAUAGAGAACUCCAUUCAGUUAAUAAUGCUGCCUAUGCAUUGAGCUGGCGAGGAAAGCAGGCUCGGCUGGACAACUUGAAAGAGGAAUUUGUCAAAGCAGCGAAUACGUUUGUGUACCUGACCAACGCGGAGGCUCUGGCGGGACUGAAGGAGGACGGCACUGGAGAGUUACCCUACGACAGCAGUGAGGUUGCUAAAGCAGCGAUUCUCCGCCUUUGCAUGCCAUCGAUGCCUUCGCCACACAUUUCAAGGCCAGUGCUUCCACUUGCUGGUGGGAUUAAGCCAUGGACUCCCAAAGCUGCUUAUUCAUCCACAAUUGUCAACUCAUGGAAUACACAAUCAAAUGUCCUCACGCCACCCAGUCACUACAAUCCACCACUGGAGAAUACCCUGAAUGUCAGCCACACCAGCUUUUUUCCUGCACCGCACCCGCAAUGGACUGAAUAUCCACCUUUUCACAUACCGAGGUAUCCUUAG